AUGGGACAAUGGUGCUUUAAGAAACGCGCAGCUCUGGUGAUUGUGGUCAUCAGCUCGCUGCUGCUGCUCCUAAUAACUGCUCAAGCUGCUGCUUCCGGACACCAUCCAUCAUCUUGGUCCACGCUGCACCAGGCGCGCAAGCUGCUCAACACCAGUACGCCGCCGUCGUCGUCGCCGCCGCCGUCGCCGCCCGGCGUGGGUGACGUCUCGACGGCUCGAAUGGGGCCGGGCGGGUGUUCAGGGGAGGACGUGGUGGUGUACCAGAGCAGCGCCAACCCUCUGCCCAGCGGCAUCCCGGCCUACACCGUGCAGAUCAUCAACGUCUGCAGCGGAGGGUGCACCGUGUACGACGUGCACGUGUCCUGCGGCGACUUCGCUUCCACGGAGCUCGUCGACCCGGCCAAGUUCCAGCGUGUCAGCUUCAACGACUGCGUCGUCAAGGGCGGUGGCACGCUGGAGCCCAGCGAGACCGUCUCCUUCCAGUACUCCAACUCCUUCUCCUACCAGCUCAGUGUCGCCUCCGUCGCCUGCCAUUAG